CGGCCCCGUGGCGGGGCAGGGGCGGAGCCGCGUCAUGGCCGCCGGGAGGCUCCCGCCGGCCGCGCUCACUCUCAAGCAGUUCCUGAGGCGGCAGCAGGUCCUUCAGUUGUACCGCAAGAUCCUGCGGGCCAUCCGGGAGGUCCCUGCUGAGCAGGAUCGCCGCUACUUAAAGGACUGGGCCAGGGAGGAAUUCAAGAGAAAUAAGGAUGCUACAGAAGAGGAUGCAAUCAGGAUGAUGAUUACUCAAGGCAACAUGCAACUUCAGGAACUUCAGAGAACACUUAAGCUGGCAAAAUCCUGAUCUUCGUUUUGUUGACAGUUUUAAUUUUUAUUUAUUGCAAAUAGGCACAGUGCUUUUUUCCAGAAUGUGGUUACAAUGGCAGCCUUUGCUGGCAACCUGGUAAUGUUUGAAGGAGAAAUCUACCACAGUGGGAGUUUUGGUUUUCCCCCUUCCCCAAUCCAUUUCUCAGUUUUGCUACCCUCAGAAGUGGAAAUCACUUGGACACAAAGGACAUUAAAGAACUGCAUGGAUGAUGUACCAUGUGCUGCAGGAAAAGCAGAAAGCACCAAAAAUUACAGUUAAAACAGCUGUGUUAAUGCCAGUGCAAUGGAAAAUAAAUAUAUGCCAGAUUAUUUUGUCUGCUUUUCACUGUGGUAGCUGUAAUUGGUAAUAUUCACAGUGACAGCUGUUCAUGUACUGUACUAAGGAUUUUCACCAAAAUUUGUGAUUAAAAAAAGAAU